CCCUUCUGUGCCACUUCGUCUUUGGGUCAAGCGUUCCAGUAUUCCCUUGUGUUUCUUCUGCAUUGGUUUUUGGGUUACUGCUUUCCUUUUUGGACUUGUUUGCCUGAUUAACUGGAUUUCUGUGUCCUGCACAUUGCAGAACCAUGAGUGUAAACUUCCUGUCCAAAGAUCAGGAGCUCCGCAAGGGAGAUUACCUGAUGUCCAACAACAAGCAGUGGAAGGCUAUCUUCCAGAACGAUGGUAACUUUGUCAUCUACGGCUGGAAGCCUGUGUGGGCUUCAGACACUUAUGGGACAGAUGUUUUCCGCCUGGUCAUGCAGGAAGACUGCAACCUGGUCUUGUACAACAAGGAUGAGCAAGCCAGGUGGCACACAAACACACAUGUGAAUGGUGAUUUCAGAAGCCGUCUUCAACUGACCGAUGACGGCAAACUGUUGGUGUACAAGGCAGGAGAAGAACUUUGGAGCUCUGCUAACUCCAAAGGCAUAAAGCACUGAGAUUGCAAGCCUUUUUAAAUUGAAUGCUCUGUAAUUGAAAUUAUGUUUGGAUGUCAGUGUGAAUUACAGUGAACCUGACUGCCAUGUAAUCUGGAAUCAAAUAAAAACACAUGUUAACAAUGUA